ACGGCAUCACGUGGCGCUACCACAUGACACCUCCAACAUGGCGGCGCCCAGGGCGGGCCCCGGGGCCCGGCUCCUGCAGCGCCUCAGCCGCUCGUUCUACGACGUGGAGGCGGCGCUGGGCUGGGCCGAGCGGCUGCGGCGGGCGCGGCUGCAGCGCCUCAACGCGAACCAGGUCUACCUGAGGGACACUUAUGGGCCCGACGUGGCCGCCGCCGCCUUCACCCUGUCCUUGGGCGGGGGGGUCAGGUACGAGGGGCAGCAGCGGUGGCUGCGGCCCGAGGGGCGCUGGCACCCGCGGGUGCUGCAGCUCCGCGGCGUCCCGGUGCUGGGCCUCGACCUCAGCGGCUGCCCCGUCACCUACAGCGGCCUCGAGAACCUGCUGCCGCUCGCGCGGCUGCAGGAGUUGGCGCUGUGCGGCUGCGCGCACGUGGACGACUGGGCGGUGGCGCGCCUGCGCGCGCUCGCCGCCUCCCUGCGCGCGCUCUCGCUCGCGCGCUGCCCCCGCGUCACGGAGCGGGGCUUGGCCACGCUGCACCACUUCCGGGAAUUGCGGUACCUGGAUGUGAGCGGCCUCACCGUGCCCAGCCCGGGGCUGGUGCGGAUCCUGCUGGAAGAGAUGCUCCCGCGAUGCCACAUUGUGGGAAUGGAGCUGGAGCAUCACCCCCCCCACCAUGCGGACAACAUGGACGGGUCCGGCCCCCCCUAUUAAACGCGUGGAGUUGGGGCUUCCCUUGG